AUGGAAUCAUCUCUUGCGGCCAUGGCAGAAGCUCGUGCGAGGUCCAAACGUGCCAGCAGCGCCCUUUUGCUGCCCUCUGGGAAACCUUUCAAACGUCGGCGAAAAUGCUCAACAGAUUCCAAUCAAAACAACGUUAGAUCGUUGAUUGUGCACAGAGUCCACUGCUCACAGUCCAUGCCUGGGCACGAUCGGCACGAUCCCAAAUUGUAUCUGGACCAGCCUCGCCUCUUUGCGGGAGAUACCAAGGCGAGCGCUCUGAGAGGCCAAGAGUGUAUACAAAACAGUCUGGAAGACUACUUGGCUGUCCAAUUUGACAUUGGACUGGUAGUUCUUCGCACGUAUGAGUGCACCGUCUAUGCAACCGUCAUCGACGAUGAGUUUACCCUGUCGCAUCUCCCCGAUGCGGAUUCAGAGACGGCCGCUGCAUUGCGCCCAUACUUUUACAGGUUGCAGGAUAACCCGGUCGAGCCAGCACAGCCGUAUGACGAGUCCAUUGUACUGUCUAGCGAUACCCAGUCUGCCAUGAAUGAACUCAGAGCGGCUCUGCCGCUUCUACUGUCCGGAUGGAAAGCCAACUUGCAGCCGCCCUAUUUGCAAAUUUUCCAUGUACGAGAUCGGAUCCGGGCUCUUGCGCCGGAAGUCUUGAGCGAACACCACCAGGCUCUUGUGCUUGGCCUUCUCGACUACGUGGAGGACUCAUUUGGCGCCGAAUACCGCGAGGCAGACGCAUUGUUCGCGCAGGGCAUGGUAACCAGAGGCCACAUGAGCAAGCUCUUUGGUCCAAAUGAGAUUAUUAUUACUACCGAUGGCGGCGAGCCGACUGCAUAUGUUUCAGAAGUCAUUCCUGUUUGGGAUCGAGACGAAAAGCUCUUACGUCUUCGAUGUUAUCAUUGGAUCUUUGAUGGCGUUUUUCACCAAGAGCAGAAGACAAUCAUAAUUACCUGGCCAGCCACCAACGAACCGAUUCCCAUCACAGAUCUCGCAGCUUAUCCCUUGCGAUUUGAUACGACCGGACAGAUAGAACAGCAUCUGCGAAGCCGAGGAAACAUGUUCUGGUCAUGUCGAAAAAGGAACCUUGUUGCAUCUGUCGCUCAGUCAGCCCCAUUCCAAAUCCGCGUGUCUAAUCCUCGCUAUAUGAUUGAUACUGUUACGUAUCACGAGCUGCAUGAAAAAGCGGCGAGUCAAAGAGCCGAGAACAGCACAACUCGGCUCAGUCAAGAGCUUAUGGAUUCCGAGACGCCUCCAGAGGGAUCUUUUGUCCUGCUUCUCCCACCCAGAAUUCUAGGUUUUGGGAUGCAUGACAAAAAAUGGAGAACUCUGCUGGUCAAGGAUCUCCGUCCGCCCGAAUGGAACAAGCGGGCCUUUCGUCAACUCGUUCUGGAUCCGCAAAAGAAGGAGCUCAUGGAAGCCAUGGUCAAAAUACACAUAUCUUCGACCAUGUCAACGGAUGUGAUUGAAGGCAAAGGAAACGGGCUUAUCAUUCUUCUCCACGGCGGGCCCGGCACGGGAAAGACCUUGACUGCAGAGAGCGUUGCAGAGCUGGCGGAGAAGCCUCUAUAUCGAGUCACCUGCGGAGACAUUGGCACGAACCCUGAAAGCGUGGAGCAGUACCUUGAAAGCGUACUCUAUAUUGGAACCACGUGGAAAGCAGUCGUGCUCUUGGAUGAGAGUGAUGUCUUUCUUGAAGAACGUGAAAAGACCGAUCUCCAACGAAACGCUCUAGUAUCUGUCUUCCUCCGGGCACUCGAGUAUUACGAGGGGAUCUUGAUUCUGACAUCCAACAGAGUCGGCAUAUUUGACGAAGCCUUCAAAUCACGAGUCCAGUUGGCUCUGCACUACCCACCCCUCGACUACAAGGGACGGUGGGAGAUUUGGAACAACUUCUUCAGCCUGCUCCGACGACAGCAAGAGAACAAGCAGUCCGUCGCGGAUGGCUUCAGCAACGUUACCCUUGCGGAUGGCGAGAGUAUUUCCCAAGAAGAACUGUGCGAUAAAAUUGACGUGCUGGCCAAGGAAGAACUUAACGGCCGGCAGAUUCGCAACGCCAUCACCACGGCUCGUCAGCUCGCCCGCUUUCGUGGCCAGCCCCUGGGCUUUGCUCAUCUGGCCCAGACCAUUCGCAUUGCCAAUGAGUUUGAAGAGUAUGUUGAAAAGACGCAUGGCCACAAGGCUGGCGACUAUGCAAAAGCGGCGGGGAUGAGGCUGGAGUGA